UAUUCGACCAGUGCCCUCUUUGGGUUUCUGGGGGCUGAAUGCCUCUAUUAAAGUGAAACCAUGCCCGAAGAGUGUUUUUGCGACAUAUCGAUGGCCAAAAAAGAUGACACCUAAUGUCCGUGCUGGUAUGCUGGUGAAGCUAUGGCCGAAUCAAGCCUGGAGACGCAGAUCGAUUGCUUUUUGGAGCAAUUCAAACGCAGCGCCUCCAAAGCCAUGGAGGACCGAGUCAGCUUGGAGAGAUCCAGGAGCUCCUACUUAGAAACAGAUUCUCCAGAAGAACCUCUGCCAACCUGCGAAGAAAUAGAAAUGCAAAAUACAGUUAGUUUGGAACCGUUAGGAGUAAAUGAUGUGGUUGAUAUAUUAAAGCACCAUUACGCUAUUAUCUCAGGUGGUAAAUCGAAAGACGGCAGUCCAAUCAUUACUUUUCCCGAUAAUAACAAUUUCCACAUGAUCACCGAUGCUCAGUAUCAACGGCUUAUGCUGUACUUAACGUCUGUACCUACGCUUCAAGAAGCGGAUAUGGGCUUCCACUUAAUCAUAGACAGGCGUAAAGACCGCUGGAACUCCGUUAAAGCAGUUUUACUCAAGAUUUCCGUGUUUUUUCCUGGCCUUAUCCACGUGGUGUACGUCCUUCGACCCACCAGCUUCCUUCAGAAAGCCCUUUCCGAAGUCAGCAAUAAACUAUUCAAGGACGAGUUCAAAUUCCGAAUGGUCGUACUCAGCACUGCCGAAGAACUCCACGAAUACGUCAGUCCUAACCAACUUACUGCCGAUUUAAAAGGCAGCCUCUCUUACAACCACGAAGAAUGGAUUUUUCAACGAAUUGAAUUAGAAAAUUUUUCAAACGUCACUCAACAAGUAUCGAACGCUCUUGACGAAUUCACCAAACAAGUUGACGAAACUGAACUUCCCAAUAACGUGGAUUCCACUCAGGAGCUCUUAAUAAAACAGAACGAAUCUUACUCUGAUCUAAAAAAAGAAAUAUUGUCUGCAGCUAAGAAAGGAGAGGAUCUUCUGCGCUGCAUUAAAUCAAAGAAUUCUUCCGAUAGUGACAACACUGCCUCGGACAUGACAGGAAACGUAUUCGCAGUUGAAAGAUUGCUGGUUCAGUUAGAAGAGACCGAAAAAACUUUCGAUGAGUUCUGGCAACAUCACUCGGCGAAAUUGCGACAUUGUUUAGAACUUCGUCGAUUCGAGCAAGACUUCAAGGAAUUACAAGUUAACUUCGAUUCAGCUUUAAAAACUGUCUCGGAUAUGACUGAAAUAGGCGAAACAGUUUCCAGAGUUGAUACAUUAAUAAAAGAGACCAAUUCUUUUGAGAAGAUUUGUUUAAACGAUAUUCAGAGAGCUGAAGAGGCAGUUUCUUCGGGCCAUUUACUAAUGAGAAUUAAAAAUUCUUGUCCGAUAGACUGUGUAGAACCCAAGUGCAACGAGCUUCUUAGAAUGAAAGAUAUGCUCUUAACAAGAUUGUCGAAGAGGAAGGACAUGUUGGUAAAAAAUCGAGAACUUAUGGAAGGAAUUGAAAAGGCAAACAAGUGGUGUGCUAUAGGCAGAGAUCUUUUGGCAUCGCAAAAAAUCGAGCAGUGUUCGAACUCUCCUGACUUGGCCGAAAAAUACGUAUGUGAAAUACGCGAUUUCCUCAAUACUGCUAAAGACUUUUCAUCCAACGGUCAAAAAGACUUCAAAGAACUCUUCCAAGAAAGUAUAACCCCGGAAACUAAGGCACUGGUAUCACAGGUGCUUCAGAGGAUAGAAGAUGUGGCCCUUAUGUGUGACAAAAGAUUAAACAGCUUGAGCAAAUUGGCGGUAAGGACUAAGAGACCUGUCCAAACAGUGAUGCCUGAACCGGCAGUUCCUAGGCAACCCCUUGUAGGAGCCCCGCAUCCUAAAAACUUUUCAUUUUUGAGAAAGGCAUACACCAUUCCUAAGAUGGAUUCCACUCUGGAUCACGAACCAGACAUAGUCCGUGAAGAACCACACAUUUCUCCAGAACAUGACGAGGUACAUAGGAUUAAAACCGGACAUGUGUUAAGUGAGCUGGUUGAAACAGAAAGGGUGUAUGUCACCGAGCUUCUGUCUAUUAUUAAGGGUUACAAGGAAGAAGCCCAACUUGAAGAGCAUCAACAUUUGCUUCCUUCAAACGCCAAUGAGAAGUUUGAUGUGAUUUUUGGAAACUUAGAUGACAUUUACCACUUCCACUCUGAGUAUUUUCUCAGAGACUUGGAGAAUUGCAUCUCUUCAACAGACCUAGUUGCAUUGUGUUUUGUUCAAAAGAGGGAGAAAUUCCUUAAGCUGUAUAGCUUCUACUGUCAAAAUAUAUCGAAAUCUGAACAACUCAGAGAAUGUUCCAACGAGCUCAAUCCUUUCUUCAUCGCCUGCCAGAAAAAGCUUGGCCACAAACUACCUCUAGCUGCGUACCUUCUCAAACCAGUCCAACGCAUAACCAAGUACCAGUUGCUCUUAAAAGACCUCCUCAGGUACUCCGACGAAAGCAAGUACUGCAGAGAACUGCAACAAGCCCUCGAGUGCAUGUUGGUAGUACUGAAAUGCGUCAACGACUCCAUGCACCAAAUAUCAAUCACGGGCUUCCCAGAAGAUCUCUCCCAACAAGGGGAACUCCUACUUCAAGGCUCUUUUUCUGUUUGGGUAGAAAACAAAAAAGAUAUAAGAUUGAGACUGAAACCUUUAAGAAGACAUUUAUUCCUCUAUCAAAAAGCUCUCUUAUUCUGCAAACCUGUGUCCAAAGCUGAGAGGAACAAGGCGACUUACGAAUUUAAAAAGUGCUUGAAAAUGUCAAAAGUCGGUUUGACAGAAAGCGUAAAAGGUGAUGCCAGGAGAUUUGAAGUUUGGUUGGAGGGAAGGCAAGAAGUUCAUAUUAUCCAGGCAGCGAAUUUGGAGCAGAAGCAUGCUUGGGUAAACGAAAUUAAGAAAGUAUUGUUCAAUCAACUGGAAGAAAUAAAAGGAGAAAAAAUUAAACAGUAUGCCGCUCUUACUCACAGACCUUUAAGACAGACCACGUCAUGGGAAACUCAGAAACAUGGUUCGAUGGCAGGGGCAGUUGAAGGACACCAAAGGGCCAUGAGUUGCGACGUUGAAACAGCAAACCACACAGACGAGAGUGUUGAAUGUUUGGAGGGUGGUAACUGGUCAUCUGACUGUAGUAACAGCGACGACGAUGACCACACACCUACUUCGAGAGGAAGAUUCAUAGCUUUGGCUGACUACUGUGCAAUAGGCAUCAGCGAAGUCAAUAUGAGAGAAGGGGAUAUAGUUGAAUUACUAAAAAAGGGAUGUGCUGGCUGGUGGUUUGUUAAAGUUAUUGGAAGUUCUGUGGAAGGUUGGGCUCCAGCCUCGUAUUUGGAGUGUCUGAGCAGAAAAUCGUUUCGAGGCAGCAGUAGAAGCCAGGAUAGGUUAAAUGACCAUUAGUGAUCAGUCAAUUUAAAAGACUUUGUUUCUGUACAUAAUUCGAGAUAUUGUUUUAACGUUUUAUUUGUAAAUUAUUUAUUUAUUUAUUCAUAGGUUGCGCUUGCGUAGUAUUAUGUAUGUAAAACGAUAAAAGUGAUGAUGUUUCGAGCAUAGAUUUUCCUAUUUAUUCUGGUUGAGAACUCACACCACUUACUUCAUUUUAACAAACAACAUAAAACAUAUCUAUUCGAGUAACAAGAUGAUUUGUUGACCAAAGUUAUAUUAAGUAUACUAUAAGUAGACCUGUUUUCGUUUUUUUAUUGUAAAUAUAAAUGUUAAAACUAAGUUGGAAUUACCUAAUUGUUUAAAUGCUUUUAAAUUUCAACGCUAAAAAAUUAUAUACUAUGUAUUUAAUAGGAAUUGGAUCUACAAUCUUUAAAAACAAAAAUAUCGUGCCUUUUUAACAGCCAAAUUCAAUGAAACAUUAUUUUUUUUAUCUUAAUCUUUAUUUAACUUGAGACUUCUUGUACUAUGUUUUUUUCCUAAAUAUACCAUUGACAAUAUAAAAAUUACACCAUGCCAUACUUAACGUUAAUGAAUAUUUAAGAUUAUCGAACAUUCUAAAUAUAAAAAUUCCCGAUAGAAAAUAGAUUACAGCGUUGAUUCAGGCCCUGUAGUUUUUAGGUGAUAUUACUGUUAUUCAUAUUUAAAUAAUCAAUGAAAUACCGCGCUGUAAAAUUUACCAAGUCAAUAAACAGGUAAAAUAUUGCAGUAUUACAUAAAAAAUAAUGUGCUGGACACACCUGGUGUACAUGUCAAUUUUUGUAAACCUGUGCUAAACGCAAAAUGAAUGUGCUCAAUGUAAAAAAAAAUACAUUAAUCAACGAUUGAAAUAUUGUAUUGGCUCAUUAAGUGGCACAGUAGCGAUGUAAAAAUGCAAUGUAAAAAAGGGUAUUGCAAAUAUAUUUAUUAUUACAUA